AAAUCAAUACAAAAUUUAACAGAACAAAGACAAGCAUAUUUGGGGAAAAAAAAACACCAAGGAAAAAAAUGUUCUUAAGUCUUCAAUUGUACUCCUCCAACAAAACCCUUCUAGCUCUUAGUCUUUCUCCACUCUUCCUACUCUUAUUUUCUCUAAUCACUUACAAUGGCUGCUUUGUCGAGGCUCACGUCUUCAUCUAUGCAGGCUGUUCUCAGGAAAAGUACGACCCCAAUUCAGCCUUUGAAGCUAACCGUAACACUCUCUUAGCAUCAGUCGUCAGCUCAUCUUCUCAAACCGCAUACAAUAGCUUUGCCAUUGGAAAUGGAACCUCAACGCCUUCUGAAGCCAACAUAUAUGGCUUAUAUCAGUGCAGGGGUGAUUUGAAGACUAGUGAUUGCUCCGUAUGUAUUCAAAGUGCUGUUAAUCAGAUUGGUUUGGUUUGUCCGUACUGUUAUGGGGCUUCUUUGCAACUAGAAGGAUGUUAUGUGAGAUAUGAGCAUACAGAUUUCUUAGGAAAGCUUGAUACAAGUCUUAAGUAUAAGAAGUGCAGUACACAUGUAAAUAGCGAUGUUGAGUUUUAUAAGCGUAGAGAUGACGUUUUAGCUGAUUUGCAAACAGCUGUUGGCUUUAAAGUGAGUAGUUCUGGUUUAGUUGAAGGCUUUGCAGAGUGUUUGGGUGAUUUGAGUCCACCUGACUGCACUGCUUGCCUUGCCGAAUCUGUUGCCAAGUUGAAGAAUCUAUGUGGCUCCGCUGCUGCUGCUGAUGUGUUCCUGGCUCAGUGUUAUGCCCGCUACUGGGCAUCUGGCUACUACGAGUUUUCAGAUUCCUCCAACGAGGACCAAGCUGGGAAAACAGUCGCCAUUAUUGUUGGUGUAUUAGCAGCUGUGGCAGUUCUCAUCGUUCUCCUCUCAGUCUGCCGAAGAGUUAUGGGUUAAGCAGACUGAUCAUCAUGCGAUGGAGCGCGAUGAAAAUUGUACUGAAGGCUGGUGAUGUUGUAACUGCAACAACUCUACUAUCUUUUACCUUUUUCCCGUUUUGAUACAGUAUUGUAAUCUCCAAAAGGGCUGCCGAUUUCGUAAUUUCAUGCUGUACACACAUCAUCCACUUCUUUAUUUUAUAUUUUAAAGUUAAAUGUACUUUUUGGAAAAUUGUUA